AUGGCUGCCAUCGUCGUCGUCGUCGUCGUCGACAUCAUCUCCGUCAUCGUUGUGGUCACCUUCACCGCUACUGUUCUCGCCUGCUACACAACACCAUCAGGCGAUGUCGUCGUCGGCAAGAUUCUGGCGCCGUCCAAGGAUGAGGUGGGCGUAGUGGAGGCCAAUGGCAAGUUUCCGGCCAUGCGGCCGUGGAUGGCUGCCAGUCGUGAUGGCGGAGGCCCGCAUCCGGACGUUGCAGUGUAUGCAGUCCGGGUUGUGUGCCGGAACUGGUUCAAGCCGUGCCGCAUCGUCGUGAGCCAUGCAGAGGUGGACCAGCCGCAUACAGGGAUUGUGCCGAGGAGCAUCGCCGCGAUGGCGGCGGCUUGGUCUGGCGGCUUGGCAUGGAUUGCAGUGUACGGGCCGGGCUUGUUGCUGGCGGCAGCAGUGGUGCUCGCGCCGCGACGCUCGUGGAGUAUUGCGCGUUCGCUGCGUGACCGGGUGCUGGCGGCAAUUGUUCCUGCCGCGCAUCGGCCGGCGGUGGUGCUUGCGCUGCGCGAGCGGCGGUGGGUGCGGGCGCUUAGCGAGGCCACACCGGACAAUGACGACGAUGCAGCAGCACCGCAGCUGCGGUUGCUCGGACGCAAGGUGGAACCCGCCGAGGCAGAGGCGCUCCAGCAGAUGCGCGCGGUGUAUGCGCAGCGACGGACGGCACUCGCGGCGCGGGCGGUGCGCGGAAGUGCGCCGCGGGUAUGGGAUGUGGCGGACACGUCGGUGGAAGCAGUGCUAGGGUAUGUGGCCCGGGCUCGCGAUGCCGAGCUCCGAGCACCGGUGCUUGCGGUCGGACUGGAGCCGCUGGGCGAGGCUGCGGCUGGUAUGGCAGCGGCGCUUGCUGAGGACGAGUACUCGCAGUACGUGCGGCACACGGCGAAUGGACUACUGCCUGCCCGCGACCUGGCGGCAGCGCGGGCGCUCGGCGCGUUUGCUGGCAAGUGCUUUGCUGAAGGAGUCAGCUUUCCGCUCCGCUACGCCGCAGACGUCUACCGCGAGCUGGUGGCGCGGCCCGAUCGCGGGCGGGCGGCUUUGAGCGAGCUUGACGGUGGCAUCGGCGCGUUUGUCAGCAGCUUUUGGCGAGUGGCCGAUAGCGGAACUGGACUUGCUGAGGUAGUGCGGCUGAUGAGCGCCGAGGCAGUGGCAACGCUUGUGUUGAGCCCGGCGGUUGUCGAUCGGCGGAGCGUGGUAAGCGCGCUGCAGUGGCGACGCGGGCGGGAUGACGGCGAGGCGCAGAGGUGGUUGAGCGAGCUACUGGUCUCGCUCGACGAGGCUACGAUGGCGCUGGUGGCGGUCGCGGUGUUUGGGCGCGAGGUGCUGAUGAGCGGGAAGCCCGGUGGGCGGGCGGUGGUGGCGCUCGGUGGGCGACUGGCCAUGGUGAGACGUGGCGUUGUGGUUGUCCCCCACGCUGCAGCCAACCAGGCCGAGUUCAACUUGCUUGUCGUCUCUGCGCUCGGACUGGACGGUCUACGGCUGGCGUGCUGUGUCUGCCAGUACGAGGCGCGCGAGAGUGAGGGACUGCGAUGCGAGGCCGGGCACUUUGUUUGUGCGCUCUGCUUUGACCAGUCUGUCCGAGUCCAGGUGGCACCCGAGUGCCUGGGGCAGUUCCGGGCAGCCGGCGCGCGCAUUGUCUGCCCGCUCUUUACGGGCGAGCGAGGCGGGUGCACCGCGUCGCCGUUUACGAUCGAAGAAGUGACGGGAUGGGGAGGCGAGGCAAGCCGGGCGUUCCUGGCUGCGCGCGAGGCAGUCCGUGAGGGAGCCAUGACCGAGCGGCUGGAGCAGGAGUUUGAGGACCGGCUGGCGCAGCGGAUGGAGCGGGCGUUGGCGCAAGACGCCGAGUCGCAGGAGGUCGAGCGGGCAGCGCUGCAUGUCCAGAACCAGAUCCUCACCUUGCGAUGCCCGUCGUGCACGACUGCGUUCUUUGACUACGACGGAUGUGCGGCGCUGCGGUGCGGGGCGUGCCAGGCCACGUUCUGCGCCCUCUGUCUCACCGCUUGCGACAGCUCGAAUGCCACCCACCGGCACGUCCGGACCUGUGACCUCAAUCCCAACCCGGGCUCAUACUUUGUCCAGGCAGCGCAGUUCGAGGCUGUCCAUCGGGUCCGCAAGCGUGACCUCCUCGCCGCCUACCUCGACACCCUCCCAUACCACGUGGCGCAGCGGGUCCGCCACGAGCGACGGACAGACUUUGCGGAUCUGUUAGCGUAG